GGAUGAGCUCAGUCGAUCAUUCCAGAAACGUUAGCUCAUAAUAAAUAGGGAGAGAAUGGCUGGGAGUUUUCAUCCAAGCGGACAACCCGGAAUGUUUAUGCGAAACGAUCAGUUACCUCCAGGCUGGGAAAUGCUGUAUGAUAGGUCUUCAGGUUGGCCAUAUUUUGUCGACCACAAUACUAAAAGUACAACUUGGCAAGACCCGAGAAUGGAUUACUUCAGUGUGCCCUAUCAACCAUUCUCGGGUGUAAGAAUGGGAUACCCUUCUUUUGAUGCAAAAAGAGUUGUUGAAAUCCCUGUACAGCAUGACAAAAUGCCCUCUUUCGAAAGUAGACAGCAGUUUGCUGGACAUUUACCUGGUCAAAAUGGAUCUGACAAACAGCCACAGCCAGUUGUAGAACCCAUGGUGCCAGUGGCUCAGCAUGCAGCACCACCUUUUCAUCUCCAUACGCAGAAAGAGGCGUUUCUGCCUCAGCAGGCUGGAUCCCAGGGACACCCUUGGGCCAUGCACCACAACCAUCCGCCCCAGCCAGAUGUACAGCAAGCUUCUUGGCCUCAAACACAUGGUCAGCAGAUAUCUGAUGGAUCUCGCACAAUCCCUAUACAUCAUACAUCCACACGUGCAUUUCCUGCAAGUCAGCCUGAGCCAUCAUCAGGUGUUCAAGGUGCUCAGCCAAGGCCGACUUCAUCUCGUUCACCUCGACCCCAUCAGGGUACCCCAGAGAGACAGACUGCACCACCACCUUCACAGGUUGUGUACACCAUUCCUGUGAAGCAUGAACAUGUCCGUUCAUCUCCAACCCCAAAGAAGGAGUACAGUGCACCACCUCAGCCAGCUCCCAAAGAACAUCAAGCACAACCUGAACAGCCACCCCAGCAGCAGCCUCCAACAGCGAAGGAAGUGCCAAAGCAGCAAACUGUUGAAGAACGGGCAUUUGAAAUAAUUGACAGUGUUAUGAAAGAGGUAAAGUCAUUGGAAGAGAAUGUCAACAGUUUCAAAGGUCUGAAGAAAGACCGUGAAUGCAAAUACUUGGAAGAAAUGUUGACCCGUAAUCUUUUAAAAUUAGAUUCUGUGGAGGCUAAUGGCCAUGAGAAUAUUCGUCAGGCCCGAAAAAAUGCUGUUCGCAUGAUAGAAGCUGCUCUGGAUUUGCUGGAACUUAAGGCACAUGCCAAUGCACAACACAUCCCUACAUAUGCAACUGGAGCUCAGGUUGCAGAUAAUUCUUCUUGGGUUCCCAUGGAAACUACUAGUACUGUGGAAGCCACUCGGGCUACCAUGGAAACGGGUAGCACUGCUGAGGCUUCCAGUUCUCUUGAUCCUACUUCUCAAGUUCCUGCUACAAAUGCCAUGGAAACUGAGGCUAUAGAACAACUGGUAGCCAGCAGUGCAGAAAAGGGAGCUUGCACUGCUGAAGUUGAAAUGGAGCAGUUAUCAGACAAGGCAGCAGCUACCGAAGAAAGUGGAACAGAGAAAGUUGGACGUAAAAAGGGUGACCCAAGUCAUGUAAAAGAGAUGAUUUUGGAUAGUGAAGUGGCAUGUUAACUGACUUUUUAAUCCUCAACUCCACUAAAGAAGGGUUUAUGGUUGGAAGGGGGGAGAUAAUAAACUGAAAGUAAGUUUUUGGUAUGCAACUUCUACCACUAAGUAAAUUGCCAAAAGUUGUUUUUGAGUAGGGUUGAAUAACAUAAAUUUUUGUCACAAUGUACUUAAGUGUAGAUUAGAUACUAUUGUCAGUGAACCUUUCCUCAGUUAUAAUUUGUUUUGGAAGUUUUCAGUGAUAAGACAUUGUCAUGUAUUCAGUUGUUUUCUUAUUGUGAUUCUCUUAACCUUGGUGGUAGUAAAAAUGCUUGGGAGUUGAUGCACUAGUCAGCUGUUAGUGUGUAGUCUUGCUGUUGUAUGUGUGGACAACUCGUAAUCCCCCUUUGUUUAGGCACAGCACAUUUCAUUACUUGUACAAGUGGGUUAUCCAUUGGAUGCUAUGCUGCUGAUAACCUUAGCUAGGGGUGACUGCUUUGAAUUUUUGGAGCAGACAUCGAAGAUUGAAAAGCACUCGAUCAAAUUUGUACAGGUGUGCACUGCACUGUGAAAGAACAUUAAACUCCAUUGUUGUGAAUGCCAAGAAAUGCAAUGCCACACAGAGGAUACUGGAUUUUUUUCUCCACAAGUUGGUCUGUGAUACUGGACAUUAAAUCUGUGUCAAGCACAUAAUGCUGUUAUGUGGUACAUAAGCGAGAGAGUGCUGAAUGGGGCGUUCAUUCGCAUAGGUAAGAGUUGCAUUCUAAAUGCAUCCGGAACUGAAGUGUGCUUAUUUUCCUACAAGUGUAUAUCUAGUUGAUGCAGCUUUUGACUGUUUCCAUGCCAUAUUUAAAUAAUUAAUGUCACUUUUUAAAAAAUGUUUGAUGGAUUCCAAUAAAGAAUUGAUUUAGGAAAUAA